CCACCUCACAGGUCGUCUCCUCGGCUAACGCACCAGACAAUUGGGAGCUGACCGUGAACAUGAAGGUUUGCCUGUAUCUCCUGCCGGUUAUCCUGGCCUUAGUGACCGGGAGCCCGGUGCAGACCGCGGACGACGUCCCAAUACAAGAGAACUUUGAUGUCAAUGGGAUCUUCGGUAAGUGGUACGACAUCGCCAUCGGCUCCACGUGUAAAUGGCUCAAAAAAUACAAGGGCAAAUUCGACGUGGGGACUAUGGAGCUCAGUGAAGGCCAGACGGAUGAGGAGAUCCAAACGCUCAGCACCAGGAUGAGACGUGGAACAUGCACACAAGUUUCCAACGUCUAUGAGAAGACAGAGGUUCCCGGAAAGUUCAAAUACAUCAACGAAAAGUACGGCGCAGAAGUCGUAAAUUACGUCGUGUUCACCAACUACAACGAAUACGCGACGAUGCUGAUGAGGAAAACCAAGAGAGGGGAGACCACCACCACGGUCAAACUGUACGGAAGAACGCCGGAGCUGAGGCAGAGUCUCAUCGAUGACUUCAAGCAGUUUGCUUUCGAGCAAGGAGUUGAAGAGGAUUCCGUUUUUAUCCUUGAGAAUAAAGGUGAAUGUACUCCGGGGGACAUCGAGGUGACGCACAGGAGAUCACGGAGAGCGGCAGACAACGAGACAGAGGAGGGGGGGUCUGGAGAUGACAGCCCACUUACAAACAACAGGGCAGAUGCCUGCCGUCUGGCCCCCGCUGCUGGCCCAUGUCUUGGAUCUUCAAACCGUUAUUUCUACAACUCUUCGUCCAUGGCCUGCGAGACCUUCCAAUAUGGCGGCUGCCUUGGGAACCUGAAUAACUUUGAUAAAGAGCGUGAUUGUCUCCAGACCUGCAGAACAGAAGCCGCCUGCCGCUUGCCGAUCGUCAGAGGUCCCUGCAGAGGGGCUCAGUCCCGCUGGGCAUUCGAUGCCGCCCAAGGAAAUUGCGUCGCCUUUCUAUAUGGCGGUUGUCAAGGCAACGGUAAUCACUUCUACACACAGAAGGAAUGCAAGGAGUACUGCGGGGUACCCACCAAGGAUGAAGAAGAGUUUGUAGUCGACGGUAACUGAAGGGCGCUAUGCUAUCCCGUCCGUCUCCUCGGGGCCCGACUGAUGUAAUGUAUAGAACAGUAUGGAUAAAUAUUAGAUAUCUAACUGUAGAGAUGUAAAGAGAGACGCGACCGCCGCUCUUGGUUGGUUUUCUCCUUCUUUUUCAUGAAAAUAAAGCCGUCCGUGUAUUAUCACUGUC